AACGGCAAAGGCAUUCAACGAAAUGUCCAUUUGCCAGCACCACUCCAGUCUCAGCACACCCAGCACUCGUCCAUCUCAGUCUCCCCACUCUCACCUGUCACCACAACCACCACUCUCUCUCCCCCUCCUCACAGUAGACCACACCUACCAGGAACAGUCCCGCUCCAAGGGGCGUGGCCUCGCCGCUUAGCCUCUCGAGCCAGUCUGAGAGAAGAGGUCUUCAAAUCCAGGAGGAGUGGCCAGGCAGUGGAGCAGGAAGACAGUCUCCCCGGAGGAGAUGCCAUGCUGGAGCUGCUCACCAGACUGAUAGACUACCAGACAACCCUCACCUCCCAGCUAGAGAAUUGUUCAGGGACUGGGGUGAGUCCAGUGGGUGACGAUGUCCUGCUGCUGAAGGCCACGUCCGAGGCUGCUGUACACACAGUGAAAGACUGCCUUGCUCUUAUCAAACUACAGCAGAGUUCUAAUGUCACCAGCAAGUCUUCACAGAUAGGAGCUGCCAGUCAAAACCCUACCGAGGAGGGAGAGAGGGGGGAGGGAGGGAGAGGAGAGGGAGGGAGAGGA